UGGCCAGGAUUUCUGCUUAUCGUUUACUGGAGCGGUUAGAGUCAAUUAACCGUAGGAAUUUGAAUCGGAUGCAGGAAAUGUCUCACUGAUGGUCUAUUUCCGCUGGCAGUGCUUUCAGUUGAGGUUUAAUUGUGGUGCUGCUCGCAUGUUUUCCGAUUUUGGUGUGCUUUGAAAUGAAGCUGUCGCUUGGUGUAUUUGCUGUUCUUGUACUCUGCUCUGCUAAAGCGGAGUUUAGUAGUCCGACAUCGACGGAUCUUUUGUCGGACAGUAUCGAGCUGGCGUUGAGCAGCUGUCGGCGGCAGUUUCGUUGGGAACGUUGGAACUGUCCUACGAUGCAAUUCGUUUCGAGGCGUUACCCGGAUGCACGAUUGGAUCGGGAAACUGCUUUCGUACGCGCGAUUAGCAGCGCUUCCUUGAUUUAUACCUACGCGAGAAACUGCUCGCGUGGGAGUGAGAGCGAUAGUCAACGGUGCUACGGAGAAAGGGGACAGGAUUCAGGCAGUUGGGACUCGGGAAACAAUCUUGUUAAGGUGGGUUUGGAUGUCAAAGGCUACGGAGAUGCUCACAAUCGGCGGGCCGGGUGGGUGGCGAUUCAAAACGCUGUCCGGAAGUAUUGCCGCUGUCACGGAGUUUCCGGUUCGUGUGCCAUGCGAACUUGCUGGAGUACGCUGAAAUCGUUUGCGACAAUUGCGGCCGGAGUGAAACGGAUGUACACGGAGGCUAAGCGUUUGUUCGUGGAUAACUCGGGAAAGCUAAAUGGUGGAAGGAUCAGACCGGAUCAGUUGAUCUUUGUGCAUCCUUCACCAGACUACUGUAAGCGGAAUGUAAUUCCUGGCUGGAGCGGAACGUUCAAUCGAUUCUGUUCGCUGGCGAAAGGGCCUACGGUUGGACCUGAGGAGCGAAAAUCGUGCCGAAAUCUGUGUCGGAGUUGCGGACUAAAGGUCAAAAAGCACGUCAAGGAAGGUGAACGGAAGUGCAACUGCAGGUUUAAUUGGUGCUGUCAAGUGACGUGCGAUAAGUGUUUGGAAACAGUGGAAGAAUAUAGAUGUCAAUAAGGGAAAUUUUAAAAACGAAAUAAAACUAAAUUUAUCGACAAUAUUUCAGACAUUA